AAGAUGAGUGAAGCAAUGUCCAAGCGCUCUUUGUUGGCGGUCAUUGCCGAUGAAGAUUCUGUUACUGGUUUAUUAUUGGCCGGUGUUGGACAAGUCUCGACUGAAAGUGGUAAAGAAACCAAUUUUUUAACUGUUGUUCCAGGUAAAACUUCUGUUGAAGAAAUAGAACAAGCUUUUGAUAAAUUCACUAGUGAAAGAGAUGAUAUUGCCAUCUUACUCAUCAACCAACAUUUAGCUGAUUUGAUAAGAUAUAGAGUUGAUAAUUACACUAAUGCAUUUCCUGCUAUUUUAGAAAUUCCUUCUAAAGAUCAUCCUUACGAUCCUUCAAAAGAUUCUAUUUUAAAGAAGGUAAGAAGAUUAUUUGGGGAAUAAUCGUUG